CUCCCACUGGAGCGUUGAGAACACUUGUUAAGCGUCACUGAAGAGAAGCAGAGUCUCUGAAGAAGUUUCUCUUGAAGUUUUUUUGUCAAAAAGCUUUUACUUUUUCACCAUGGCGUGUGGAGACAAGGAUUCUGAUGAGAGGAUAGCAAAGGCCUUGCUCAAGAAGGUCGUUAAGGAGGAUCUGAUAGACAUUCCCUUAGAGGAUGUCUCGUUCCUCACCCUCGAUGCUGUGGAAGUACAGAAUGAGGAGGAGGAAGAGCUUGUGAAGAAGGGGUUCACAGUGGUCUGCGAAAUUGGUGAAAAACUACAGGAUGACGAGGAGAUCCAAGAUGACAUAAAGGGGCUUGUACAAAACUUCAAUAACGGAAUAGCAAAGGCCAAGGAGAUAUUUCAGGAGAACUUGAAUGUGAUGUUUCAGGGUGGCAUCACCUGGGAGAAGAUUGUUCGUUUACUCUAUUUUGUUGGCAAGGUGGCAUACACAAUGGUCAAGUCAAAGGGGAUGGCUCAGUCAUUGAUGGAGCUCCUGAUUUGGAUUCUGGACUUUUUCUUAAAAGAUCUCCUGCUCUGGAUUCGAGGACAUGGAGGAUGGAUCGGCUUUGAAUCAGCUGUUGUCUGACCAGUUGACUCUGACCAGAGGAGGUCUUCAUCACAGAGGAGGUCUUCAUCACAGAGGAGGUCUUCUAAUCAUCUUCUUCACCUGCAUGGCCCUCUGAAUCUUCAUCAGCUGUUGACUCUGAGCCGCACCUUGUUGCUGUGAAGAUGAUUCAAACAAGAAUCCUUUUCUCUCUGCUCCUGCUCUUGUCUUGUGAGACCCUGCUACACCUUGUUCUGUGCUGCUUGUUUCCUGUGGGGAGAGGCUUCGUUAAAUGAAACCUGAAAAUCAUACAAAAACAUGUUAAUCCUAACGAGUAAUUAAGAUUGAUUCACUGAUUUAUCAUUUUUUUCCAUCAAAUUAAACUGAAUUUGCUUUAUUGCUGUUCACGUGUGUGGUCUAUAUAACUUUAAUGAUUUAGGGAACUGCUGUUAUUUUCUCUACAUUACAUGUUGGCUGCUUCAGGAUCUGAUCAGCAACCGAAUUAAUCUUUCAAAAACAAUCUCUAUAAUUCAGAUCAAUAUGAAGCAUUACAACAAAAUGAAUGUUGUUCUUUUACUUGGAUGGAGAUCAUCACCUUUGAAGUGUUUCUGUGUGAAAUAAAAAAUUACAAGCGUCA